CACCCGGGUGGUGAAGAGGUCCUCAGGGAGCAAGCUGGAGGAGAUGCUACUGAGAACUUUGAAGAUGUUGGCCAUUCCACAGAUGCAAGGACACUGUCAGAAACCUUUAUUGUUGGGGAACUUCAUCCGGAUGAUAGAGGGAAGCUUCAGAAACCAACAGAAACUCUUAUUACCACUACUCAGUCUAAUGCCAGUUCAUGGUCCAACUGGGUGAUCCCAGCAGUAGCAGCAAUUAUCGUGGCCCUGAUGUAUCGUUCCUACAUGUCAGAGUAAGCACCUUACUGCAAACUAAUGUAAGAAGAGACUGAUCUGGGAGAAUAUAAGCAAUCCUAACCCAAUAUGUUUCCAGACAAAAGCCUGAUGUCUGAAGAAAAAUUCCAACUUUUUCAGAAAAUUGAACAAUUCUUUUCUGCUGUGCACUUUUUCUUAAUGUUGCCUUCUUAUUUGCUGUUCUGAAGCAAUAAAAAGGCAGCACUUCUCUUUUUGUAUAACAAGUUUAUUCUCUAAUGAAUUAUUUCAUAACUGUAUUUGUUUCUGUGUUAGAAUACUGUUUUGUAUGUAAUACUCUGAUUCUGGUUAUUUCUCUUUUUAAUCUGUAGUGGGGUCCAUAGGACUCUUAUAUAUAAAUUUUACAGCUUUAAAUGACUACCAAAGCUGUGUACAUGUAUUUGUGCAUGUACACAACUUAACUUAAAAUCAUGUUGUCUUCUUAAUGUACUAUGUUUGAAAUGCUAA